AGGAUUUAUGCAUUCAAUUAAAAACAAAAUGUGUUCAGUGAAUAUAUUGACGACGUUGAGUUAAACUAGGAAAAAAUUGAAUUGAAUGAGUGAAUACAUAUAAACUACUGUUAAACGAUGAGGGUUAGCCUUGCACUAUUAUAUAGCCUUGCACUAUUAUUUGAAAAGUUGCACUAUUCUUCUUCUUCUUUUGUUAUGUCUGUUAUUCAUACAUUAUCUCUUCAGUUUGCCAUGAAAGAUUUGGGCGAUGUUCAUUAUUUCUUGGGUAUUCAGGCCAAGCGCACGCCCAACGGUUUGUUUUUGUCACAGGCUAAAUAUAUUUCUGAUCUCUUGCAUCGCUUUCAUCUCCAUACAGUUAAGCCUGUUCGCAUCCCUCUUCCCUCACGUACCACCCUUUCCCUUACAGAUGGGGAACUUUUAUCUGAUGCAACUAAGUAUCGCAGUAUGGUAGGUGCUCUUCAGUAUUUAAUUAUAACUAGACCUGAUACUACAUAUGUUGUUCAUUUGGUCUCCCAAUUUAUGCAUGCUCCUCGUACUACUCAUUUAUUGGCUGUCAAGAGAAUUUCCAGGUACUUACAGGGGACAUCAGCUCACGGCCUAUGGCUCAAAUCUGACAAAAAUAUUUCGGUUAUUAUGGCUUAUUCUGAUGCAGAUUGGGCCGGAUGUCCUGACAUUUCCCGCUCCACUACUGGAUAUGUUGUAUUCCUUGGAUCUAAUCUCAUCUCUUGGCGGUCUAAAAAGCAGCCCACCGUGUCCAAAUCUUCCAUAGAAGCAGAAUACAGGGCCAUAGCUUACACUGUUCAGGAUACACUUUUUAUCAGGUCACUAUUAGCUGACAUGGGAAUCUAUAUUUCGACUCCAGUACAACUCCAUUGUGACAACGUCUCUGCUUCAUACUUAGCCGUUAACCCUAUUCAGCAUGAUAGGAGCAAGCACAUAAAAAUCGAUUAUCAUUUUGUUCGAGAGAGGGUGGCUCAUGGAGAUCUUGUUGUGAAGUACAUUCCUACCCAGCUGCAGUUAGCUGACAUCUUUACCAAAAAUUUGUCUAGUCAGCGUUUUGAGUUUUUACGUUCCAAUCUGCGCGUUGUAUCCCCUGCACAGAUUGAGGAGGUGUAAUAAUGUAAUUAUAUAAGGAUUACUGUGUAAUUUCCCAAACUGAUUUUAGUAUAAAUAUAACGUCGAGGCACCCAAUAGGGUAAGCCAUUAUUU